AUGCAACUACUUAUAUUAGUGAAAGUACUUAUUCAAUAAUUAGCUUAAUAGUUUCAGCUUAUAAUUCUUUAUUUGAUAUAUUAGAAAAAUUUAUUGAAGAAAAAAGUACAAUUUUAACUAUUAAAAAUGCAGCUCAAUUUGGUAUAGAUAAACUUGAAAAAUAUUAUUCAUCAACAAAAGGAUUAGCUUAUAUUAUUGAAACAAUUGAUCCUUCAGAUGAAUUAGCAACUUAUUUAAGAGAAUCUCCUGCUGAUACUAAUGAUGAUAAUGAUAUAAAUAUU